CGCCUGUCUGAUUGCCUGCCCUGCGACUCUCUCAGCAGCAUUGUGGGCUGGAAACAGGAGUACGAAGAUGGCUGCAGACCUGGGAGAGCUGCUAGUCCCUUUUAUGCCCACGAUCAGAGUGCCUAGAAUAGGGGACAGAGUAUUCAAGAGUGAAUGUGCCUUUUCAUACGAUUCUCCAGAAUCGGAAGGUGGCCUAUAUGUGUGCAUGAACACUUUUCUAGGAUUUGGACGGGAACAUGUUGAAAGACACUAUCGAAAAACAGGCCAGUGUGUGUACAUGCAUCUGAAACGCACCAUGAAAGAGAAAGCCACAGGUGCCUCUGGGGGGGCUGUACCACAAAGAAGAAAUGGAAAAGUAUUUUUAGAUUUAGAACUGAACUGCGACUUUAAUGGGGACGAUUAUGAAUAUGAAGACGAAGCUAAACUUGUCAUAUUUCCAGAGCACUACGAGAUCCCCUUACCAAAUAUUGAAGAGUUGCCUGCACUGGUGACUAUAGCGUGCGACGCAGUACUCAAUGCCAAAUCACCCUACAGAAGACAGGAGUCUGAUUCGUGGGAUGAUGAUGUUCAGGUCUCGAAACACGCCAGCAGCUUAAGACAGCUGGACAACGGGGUCAGAAUACCACCCAGUGGCUGGAAAUGCUCCAAGUGCGAGCUUCGGGAGAACCUGUGGGUGAACCUGACGGACGGCUCCGUCCUGUGUGGGAAGUGGUUCUUUGACGGCAAAGGAGGAAACGGGCACGCUGUGGAGCACUACCGGGAAACAAACUACCCCCUGGCUGUCAAACUGGGAACCAUCACCCCCGAUGGAGCAGACGUGUAUUCGUUUGAUGAAGAGGAGGCAGUACUUGACCCACAUUUAGCAGAACACUUGGCACACUUUGGGAUUGAUAUGCUUCAAAUUCAAAAGACAGAGAACGGCUUCACAGACACUGAUGUCAGCCCGCGGAUCAGUGAGUGGGAGGUGAUCCAGGAAUCAGGGUUGAAGCUCAAACCUGUGUAUGGCUCCGGUUACACUGGUAUCAAGAACCUGGGGAACAGCUGCUACCUCGGAACCACCAUGCAAGUCCUCUUCAGCAUCCCUGAAUUCCAGCGAGCGUAUGUUGGCAAUCUCCAGCGGAUUUUUGACUAUUCACCUCUCGAUCCCACACAGGAUUUCAACACACAGAUGGCCAAGCUGGGCCAUGGUCUUCUUUCAGGCCAGUACUCCAAACCACCAAUUAAGUCAGAGCUCAUUGAACAGGUGAUGAAAGAAGAACACAAGCACCAGCAGAAAGGGAUUUCCCUAAAGAUGUUCAAAGCCUUGACAAGUAAAGGCCACCCGGAGUUCUCUUCCAGCAGACAGCAAGACGCACAGGAGUUCUUCCUUCAUUUGAUAAACCAGGUGGAGAGAAACAGCGAAGGCUCAGAGAAUCCCAGUGAUGUGUUCCGAUUCCUGGUGGAAGAACGAACCCAGUGCUGUCAGUCCAGAAUGGUCCGGUACACACAGCGUGCUGACCACAUCAUGCAACUUCCUGCGCCCAUGGAAGCCGCAGUAAACAAGGAUGAAUUGAUAGCUUAUGAAGUGAAACGUCAGGAGGCUGAAGCGAGCAGGAGAGCGCCCCCGCCAGCGGUCCGGGCCAGGAUUCCGUUCAGCGCCUGUUUGCAGGCCUACACAGAGCCGGAGAACGUGGACGACUUCUGGAGCAGUGCUCUGCAGGCCAAGUCCGCCGGGGUCAAAACAUCUCGCUUUAAAUCAUUUCCUGAAUACCUGGUUAUACAGAUAAAGAAGUUUACCUUUGGGUUGGACUGGGUGCCUAAGAAAUUAGACGUUUCUAUAGACAUGCCAGACUUAUUGGACAUCACUCACCUCCGUGCCACUGGGUUACAGCCAAAAGAGGAGGAGCUUCCAGACAUUGCUCCGCCCAUUGUUGUUCCAGAGGAAUCUAAAGAUCAUUUGAUGAAUAAUUUCAUGGACUCUCCAGAAAUAGAUGAGUCUGCAGUGAUGCAGCUUGCUGAAAUGGGCUUCCCCCUCGAAGCCUGUCGCAAGGCGGUUUACUACACAGGAAACAUGGGGGCUGAAGUGGCCUUCAACUGGGUUAUAGCCCACAUGGAGGAGCCCGACUUUGCUGAGCCGUUGGUGGUUUCUGGUUUUAGUGAGAUUGACUCUUCAUCAUCGGCAUCGGUUCCUAUGGCUGACAACCAGCCUCCAGAGGAGAGUGUAGCCAUCCUUACAUCCAUGGGCUUUCCCAGGUACCAGGCCUUGCAGGGCCUGAAGGCAACGAACAACAAUCUGGAGCAUGCAUUGGACUGGAUCUUUACUCACCCAGACAGUGAAGAUGAGAGUGAGGCAGCUUCAGACAUUGCUGAUCCAGAGGGCAAUGCCAACAUCAGUGCCAGCGCCGACGCCAAUGUCAACGCCAAAGCCAAUGCCAAUGCCAGUGUCAACACCAACGCCACAGCCGACAAUGAGCCAAAUGGACCGCGGGUUAGGGACGGGCCUGGCAGAUACGAGCUGUUUGCCUUCAUUAGCCAUAUGGGAACAUCCACAAUGUGUGGCCGCUAUGUAUGUCACAUCAAAAAGGAGGGAAGAUGGGUAAUCUACAAUGACCACAAAGUGUGUCUGUCAGAAAGACCUCCCAAAGACUUGGGUUACAUUUACUUUUACCACCAAAUACUCAGCUAGGCCGCAGUCCUCUCAGAAGGCUACAGACAGCCACAGUCUUCUUGCCAACUGGAAGCAGCAAAAAAGAAAAAGAAUCUAAAGACUGAACAAGGGAAGAAACUGAAUUCUGCAAGUAACCUAUCGAAAGAAAGAAGCUAAAAAAACACAGCAAAUGGAUGCCUGGUAAAAGAGAGAAAGGCCUUUUAUCCAUUAAUUUUAUUUGUCAGAAGCAGAGGUUUAUAGGAACUGUGUGCAAUCUGGUUACUGGAAAACAGCAAUAGCAUGUUAACAUACAUAUCAGAAGCUUUCAUUAUUGUUUUUCAGUGUUUUUCUACACCUUUUCUUUAAACUAAAAAGGGAGCCUUAAUGUUCUUGGUUAUAUUUGUAUUGAUCAACACCCUGUGCCGAACCACGUAUAUACACAGAGUCCUGUUUGUGUGGGUGUGUUUUUUUUUUUUUUAACCUGUGUGUGAAGACGACCUGUACCGAUGUCAAGGGUCACUCAAUUUCAGCGUUCAUGUUGCAUCAUGUUUGUCGUACUAGAAGCGACACGAGUGCCAAAGCUCUGUAGAUACAUCCACUUGAUCCAUCAAAUGUGCAAUUAAAACUAUAUUGUUUUAAUAUUAUAUUAAUACUAUAUUAUAUAAAAUAUCAGCUAGUCAUAAAAGCACAUGAAAUAUCCAUGCACAUUUACCUUGACCUUUUUUUAUUAUUUUAUUUUUAAUGUAUUUUUGAAAUGUACACGUUACCGGUGAAUGUCUGGUUUCAGAUUCAGAUUUUUCAAUAGGUCUGUAUGGGUUGUAUUACUAUAUUGAAACCUAAACUUUAAACAGUUUUUCUUUCUGGUGUUAGGUGAUUCCUUCUUUUAUGGUACUAGUUAUUAAUAAUAUAAAAAGUGUUAGUUAUUGCAAUAUAUCUGCUAUAUUAUAUCUGCUCUGGACUUGAUUUCAGUCAUUUGGUGAUGGUCGCUAUGAUACACUGUGGCAGCUGUUGUGACGUUUCUGAUAGCCAAAGUGAAUGGUGUGCUUGUGUACCGCAGGAUAUACAGAUUAGGAACCCUAAUGAGAGGCAAUGCACAUGAUAAACUAUACUGUACUGUAGCUGAAGAUGCAUGCCUGAAGAGGGAAAUCCAGUGCAGAAGGUUUGAAAACCACUGAUUUAAAUCGUAUUAUCAAAUAAAAAUACAUUGUAUCAGUAAUGUCAAUUAGGAGUAUUUAAUGCAGUAAGCUUCCUCUCAAACCCACCCAGCCACAUUCUGAUGCUAAGCUUGCUAUCAGGGUGGAUGGAUAUUUUUAAAAGCACUAAACGGCUAGUUAGCUUUUGCAUACAGAAUAAUCUGAAAAUAAAAUAAUCUAAAUGUAAUAAUGUGUUUUUAAAUAUAUUUUUUUAUUAAUUUUUAUGAUUGAGAAAUCCAUUAUAAAUAAUAAUUAAUUUGCGAUGAACCCUCACCCAAGUGGUACAUGAUUACAUAUUUUAUAUAUUAAAGGCCACACUACACACAAUUUGUAUACUACUUUGAAAAUAAAACUGUUCCAAUGAUGUACUGUACCUUUGAGCAUCCUCAAUGGCAUAGUCCCUUUAAGAAACAUAUUCUGACCAGAGAUGUAUGAUGUCUGACUCUUUUCUUGUUUCCCUGUCUGUACUGAUGAUUAUUUGUGCUUGAUUUAUUUGGCAUCCUUGUUACAAUUGUAGUAAUGUUGAUAUUCAUGGGGGUAUUGUAUUGUGGAUGUCACAAUCAGAGAGAGAGAUUGAUUAUCAAUUUGCUGUAUUUUCCCUUGAUGACCUACAAAUACUGGGUAACUUAUGGUUUACUUUUUUAUUUCUUUGCUUUAUAAUCUGCACAUGCACUAAAGUUUGACAAUGGUCAUUUAAAAUGUAAACUUUUUUUCAUAGAAAUUUUGUUCACCUGUUUUUAUUUAUUUAAGGUUAUUAAUUCUUGUGAUUUUUUUUGUUUUUGUUUUUGCUAACACAAAAUUGUGCCAGUCUCACAGUUUUUAUCUAGUUAAGUUCUGGGUCCUCAAAUGGUCAGAAUUAAUGUUACAAUGCUUUCUUUUACUUUUUUUUAAAUAUUUAAAAAACAAACUAAGAACUGCUUCAUACAAACCCUGUAUUUGAACGUGUACGUAUCUUGAGUAUGGUGGUGACAUCCAUUGUGGUUGCUGUAUGAUCCAUAUGCUACAUAUCAUGAGUAUUAUUAAAAAAACAAAACAAAAAAACCUAAUACAUAAAACUGGAAAAUACCAAAUAAAAUCACUGGUGCUGCUUAUUUGUGGCAUUGGGAUAGUUCAAAUAAUAA